GAGGCGCUUCAUCACUCCUCCAUCCACCUGUCCUCCCCUACCUGCACCGUGGGAACAAUACCUUUUGCUCUCACAAAAUAUACAAAAAAAAACAAAUCAUGGCAAGCAGCUUCUCCAGAAUCUUGUCCACCAAACGCAGAAUCGGUGUCCUGACUUUUGUGGGAGGCUCCGUGGCGGCUGGAUAUCUGCUCCACCGGGAGCCUGUGAGCGCAGGGACGCCUGUGCGCAGGAGCUACCCGGCCAGUGCGGAGUAUCCUGACCUGCGCAAACACAACAACUGCAUGGCAAGCCACCUGACACCUGCCAUCUAUGCCAAGCUGUGUGAUAAGGCCACUCCCAACGGGUACACGCUGGACCUGGCCAUUCAGACGGGCGUGGACAACCCGGGGCACCCCUUCAUCAAGACCGUUGGCAUGGUGGCAGGAGACGAGGAGUCCUACGAGGUAUUUGGAGACCUGCUGGACCCCGUCAUCAGAGAGAGGCACAACGGCUACGACCCCCGCACCAUGAGGCACCCCACCGACCUGGAGGCCAGCAAGAUCCAGUCGGGCAACUUCGACCCACGUUACGUGCUGUCGUCCAGGGUGAGAACGGGCCGCAGCAUCCGGGGGCUGAGCCUGCCCCCCGCCUGCACCCGGGCAGAGCGCAGGGAGGUGGAGAGGGUGGUGGUGGACGCCCUCGCCGGCCUGAAGGACGACCUGGCCGGGACGUACUACAGUCUUACUCAGAUGACGGACAAGGAGCAGCAACAGCUCAUUGAUGACCACUUCCUGUUUGACAAGCCUGUGUCCCCCCUCCUGACGUGCGCAGGAAUGGCUCGUGAUUGGCCUGAUGCCCGUGGCAUCUGGCACAACAACGAGAAAACAUUCCUGGUUUGGGUCAAUGAGGAGGAUCACACCAGGGUCAUCUCCAUGGAGAAGGGAGGCAACAUGAAGAGAGUCUUUGAGAGGUUCUGCAAAGGUCUUAAGGAGGUGGAGCGUCUGAUCCAGGAGAGAGGUUGGGAGUUCAUGUGGAACGAGAGGCUCGGUUACAUCCUCACCUGUCCCUCCAACCUGGGCACAGGACUCAGGGCCGGGGUUCACGUCAAACUGCCCCUGCUGAGCAAGGAUACCCGCCUCAAUAAGAUCCUGGACAACCUGCGUCUGCAGAAACGAGGCACUGGUGGCGUGGACACCGCUGCUGUGGGCGGUGUGUUCGACAUCUCCAACCUGGACCGCCUGGGACUGUCUGAGGUCCAGCUGGUGCAGACGGUGGUCGAUGGCGUCAACUACCUAAUCGAGUGUGAGAAGAGACUGGAGAAAGGCCAGGACAUCAAGGUGCCCCCUCCCCUUAAGCAAUUCAAGUAGACCCUGACCCCUGACCCCGACCCUACAACCCUCUGGGCACACACACCUGCACAAACUCCUCGCUCUGUGCCCAUAGAUAUUAUAAAUAUCUAUGUCAUCGCCUCCUUUAUUACCACUACUUACCUAAUCAACCCUCCCUGCCCCACACUAUACCUCUAUAUAAUAUAACCUACAUAUAUUAUACCCAGCUAUCUAUCCGACUGAACCCAACCAAGAGUCCCAGAAUACUGCUUCAGGCUUAAGAUGCAUUUGAAGGGCUUUUUAAUCUUUAAACUCAAACCCAAACAUAGCUCUAAAAUGGCAGCAAGUGUAAAUGAAGGAUGCACAAACUGUAGGCUGUAGCAGCGGUGCAAAGAUGGCCGCCAGUUCUGCCCGUCUCUGCAUGGCCAGGCGGUUUCUAUGGCUCUGCUUCCAAAACACUCCUCAACCCACCAAACCUGGUUUUACCUCCACUUUUCCUCUUCCUCCCGCAUGUCCUAUACUCAGCCUAACUCUUCCCCCUCAUUCCUAUGUGAUGAUUGGCCAUUCCUACUACUAUCUCGUGCUUGUGUCGUCCAUCCAUCUGUGCUCUACUCUCCAUCGUGGAUUGUGUAUACACUAGUGGAUUUGAAUGUAGAUUAUCAGAGUAAGACUGAAGAGACUCGUGUUCUCCAGAGGAUUUGUAUGUCUGAUGACACACUGGUGUCGAAAUGUAAUUUUAUUACAACACACCGGCAGGGCUGGGUUCUGUACUGUAAGCUACUGAAGCAAUAUCAUUCCAGCUCAUCAUGAAUGUGACACUGUAAUGUCUUUUAUUAAAGAAAUCAUCUA